UAAGGUCCAAUUGGCAAUGUGCUCAUUCCCUCUCUUCCCUCUGUCUUUCCUGCACCACCCCAUCCACUCCCGCCCCUCCCAACCAGGAGCCUGGAACGAACACAGAGCAAUGCAAGCCUGGAGGAAAGGGCAGGAUGGCCCCUGGAAGACCCCUUCGGAUAGCAUGUCCCGUUUAAUGGAUUCUGACAUGGAUUAUGAAAGGCCAAACGUAGAGACCAUCAAGUGCGUUGUGGUGGGGGACAACGCCGUGGGCAAGACCAGGCUCAUCUGUGCCCGUGCUUGCAAUGCCACCCUCACCCAGUACCAGCUGCUGGCCACGCACGUGCCCACAGUGUGGGCCAUCGACCAAUAUCGUGUGUGCCAGGAGGUGCUGGAACGCUCCCGAGACGUGGUAGAUGAUGUCAGCGUCUCCCUGCGCCUCUGGGACACCUUUGGAGACCACCACAAGGACCGUCGCUUUGCUUAUGGGAGAUCCGAUGUGGUGGUUCUGUGCUUCUCCAUUGCCAACCCCAAUUCCCUCCACCAUGUCAAGACCAUGUGGUACCCAGAAAUCAAGCACUUCUGCCGAGCACCUGUCAUCUUGGUGGGCUGCCAGUUGGACCUGCGCUACGCUGACCUGGAGGCUGUCAACAGGGCCAGGCGACCCUUGGCGAGGCCCAUCAAGCCCAAUGAAAUCCUGCCCCCAGAGAAGGGUCGGGAGGUGGCCAAGGAGCUGGGCAUCCCAUACUAUGAGACCAGCGUGGUGGCCCAGUUCGGCAUCAAGGACGUCUUUGACAACGCCAUCCGAGCCGCCCUCAUCUCCCGCCGCCACCUGCAGUUCUGGAAGUCCCACCUCCGUAACGUGCAGCGGCCUCUGCUGCAGGCACCCUUCCUGCCCCCCAAGCCACCACCUCCCAUCAUCGUGGUGCCCGACCCACCCUCCAGCAGCGAGGAGUGCCCCGCCCACCUCCUGGAGGACCCGCUCUGCGCGGACGUCAUCCUGGUGCUGCAGGAGCGGGUGCGCAUCUUUGCCCACAAGAUCUACCUCUCCACCUCUUCCUCCAAGUUCUAUGACCUGUUCCUCAUGGACCUGAGUGAGGGGGAGCUGGGGGGCCCCUCGGGGUCAGGGGGUGCCCACCCAGAGGACCACCAGGGCCACCCUGAUCAACACCACCACCACCACCACCAUCACCACGGGCGAGACUUUCUGCUCCGGGCAGCCAGCUUUGACGUGUGCGAAAGCGUGGAUGAGGCCGGGGGCUCCGGUCCCGCCGGCCUCCGUGCCUCCACCAGCGAUGGGAUCUUACGGGGCAAUGGGACAGGGUACCUGCCAGGCAGGGGUCGUGUGCUGUCUUCCUGGAGCCGAGCUUUUGUGAGCAUCCAGGAAGAGAUGGCAGAAGAUCCUCUUACCUACAAAUCCCGGCUGAUGGUGGUGGUGAAGAUGGACAAUUCCAUCCAGCCAGGGCCCUUCCGGGCCGUCCUCAAGUACCUGUACACGGGGGAGCUGGACGAAAACGAGCGUGACCUCAUGCACAUCGCCCACAUUGCCGAGCUGCUCGAGGUCUUUGAUCUGCGCAUGAUGGUGGCCAAUAUUCUCAACAAUGAGGCCUUCAUGAACCAGGAGAUCACCAAGGCCUUCCAUGUCCGCCGGACCAACCGGGUUAAGGAGUGCUUGGCAAAAGGCACUUUCUCAGAUGUGACCUUCAUCCUGGAUGAUGGCACCAUCAGUGCCCACAAGCCCCUGCUGAUUUCCAGCUGUGACUGGAUGGCUGCCAUGUUUGGGGGGCCAUUUGUGGAGAGCUCCACCCGGGAGGUGGUGUUUCCCUACACAAGCAAGAGCUGCAUGCGGGCUGUGCUGGAAUACCUCUACACGGGCAUGUUCACGUCCAGCCCUGACCUGGACGACAUGAAGCUCAUCAUCCUAGCCAACCGCCUCUGCCUGCCACACUGCUGAUUGGUAGCCAUGUGUGUCACAGAGCAGUACACAGUGACCGGGCUGAUGGAAGCGACCCAGAUGAUGGUGGACAUCGAUGGGGACGUCCUUGUGUUCCUGGAGCUGGCUCAGUUCCACUGUGCAUACCAGCUGGCUGACUGGUGUCUCCACCACAUCUGCACCAACUACAACAACGUGUGCCGCAAGUUCCCCCGAGACAUGAAGGCCAUGUCCCCAGAAAACCAGGAGUAUUUCGAGAAGCACCGGUGGCCGCCCGUGUGGUACCUGAAGGAGGAAGAUCACUACCAGCGGGCGCGGAAGGAGCGCGAGAAGGAGGACUACCUCCACCUCAAGCGGCAGCCUAAGCGGCGGUGGCUGUUCUGGAACAGUCCGUCCUCCCCGUCCUCCUCGGCAGCCUCCUCCUCAUCCCCGUCCUCCUCCUCGGCUGUGGUCUGAGACGCCACCAUCCUCUUCUAACCCUGCUGCUGUUGUCCACAUCACCCCUCGCCCCUCUGCUCUUCCGCAUCACCCCAUCCACUUUACAGGGACCAGGGGGCCCCUGUAACCAGGACCCAGAGGGUGGAGCUGUCCUCACCAGCCACUGUGGCUCAGCCAGAGGGGAGCAGAGCCCUGUGGAGCAGAACGGGAACCACCUGCAGAGGUCCCCAGACCCAAAGCAGGAUGGGAGUCAACUGCCAGGAGGAGCGAGUGCUCUGGCAUUUUAUCUCUGGGUUCGAGAGCCCUUGAGUCAAAGGGCAAGCCUCCUAGCCUCGACUGCUUCCCCGAGUGUCUUGGUCACUGCUCUGGCCAGAGAGGCACCCCCUCCCAGUAAGCAGAAGUGAUCCUGGCGGAUCCUGCCCCUGUGGCCAUGUCUUUCACCGAUGGACUUGAGUGUUACAAUGGUUUUGUGGCAUUUCCACACAGAGCCUGUCACAUCCCCACUGGAGAAGUCAGGGUAGAAGUGGAGCCUUCAGAGCUCAACUCAAGGCUUCUGCAUCCUGGGGUGCAGCUGCAAAAGGCCAGGAGUGGAAAGCCCUGUAUCCGGCCAGCGUCCCUCCCUCCCAGGGGGCGGUGGUAGCACAGGCCUGAUCAGGGGGACAGAGGUCGUUUGGAGUUCCAGGCCUGGAAGCAGCGCCUCUUGGUGCAACAAGAAACUUCUCCCUCACCCCUCCUUUACCCUCAGAUUCGGAGAUGGGAACCAAAAGAAGCAGCUGGGACAGGCAGAGAAGGAAGUGGGAACCAGUGCACAGCAACUGGAGCUCCUCAGGCCCUCCCCAGCCUCUGGGGGCCACUGCUUUUUAUAGGGUGGGGCAGAAUUAGCAAAAAACAAAAGCAAACAAGAACCAAACUGAAAUGGAAACAAAAAAUCACCAACAAACACUCUGUCCUCUAUACCCGCCAAAGAAUGAAAAUCAGAAAAAGCCCCUGCCUAGCUCACAUUUCUCUAAACAGAGGCCCCCAUGAUGAGGAGGUGAAGAUUGAGGUGGCAGAAUCAACGCUGCUGCCUUUCAGGAAAGGACUCAGCACUUCUCUGACGGUGGAGGCCCUGACCCUGCCAGCUGGCUCCCAGCACAGCACAGGGGCCUGGCCUCCAGCAGGUUGGUGAUGGAGGGGCCAGGGCUGGUGGCAAGGAGGGGUUUGGUUUCAGGACUCAGAUGGCACUGGACAUUUGCUUUUGCCCAUCUGGAGACUGCAGGCUCCCCUCCUUGCCCUCAGAGGACCACCCCACAGGAUGCUUGUGGUGGGUGUUUUCGGGGGGCUGCAGUAGGGGCCAGAGGUCAGAGAAAGGGGCAUGGCCCUGGGGUCCAGCUGUCUCCUGUAGCGAACAUAGAGGACCUAGCCUUCUUAGUGCCGGGUGGGAUAAAGGGAAGGAGAGGAGGGGGAAUGGAGCCGAAGGGAAAGCCAGGUUCAACCAGAGAGGAGGAGGGCAGGGCUGGAGGAAUGGAGGGGGUUGAACAGUAGCUCCCAGCCCCCAUGGGGCAAACGCUGGGCCACAAUUGCCCCUUUCCGUUUUCUAAUCCAAACCCAAAUUUCACCUUUUUAGGUGUAAAAAAUGGAGUCUGUGGGGCUGUGGGCCUGAGCUCAGGAGUUGCCUCACCUUGUGAAAGAUGUUCUGGCUGAGAGGGCUUGGCUGGUUAGGCCUGGUGUUGAGCGAACCCGAAACAAAGUUAAAUCCUCAUCGAGAAAGAGCAGGCGGUGGGAGGACAAGCGGCUCUAGCCCUGGGGGAAGCCACGUUGUCCAGGCCCAGGACCCUCCAGGGCUGUGGCUGCGAAGCCAUGCGCGUGCUGCCCUCUACAGGCUGCUCAGCCUCCCUGCAGUUCCGCUCAGCCCAGGGCUCCAAGUGAGGCUCCGGAGCCCAGGGGCUGGGCACCAGGGAAGCAAGAGGGGAGCCCAGAACAGCCCCACCUCCCCUCUGGGCCUCCCGGGAGCCGUGGGUAAGAGGGAGAGCGGGUACUCCAGAACAAGGAGAGUGGGAAAUGGGUCUCCCAGGUGCCUGCAGGGCUGGGCAAUCUGGGUCCACUGAUGGGAUGCAGAGAAUGCCAGGGCAGAGAAAGUGAAGGUGGCCCAGGGCUGCAGGAAGCCACAGGAGAGUGACCACCAGACUCCCUGAGAAACAGGCCUGGCUGACCCCUCAGGGACCCACCAGCCCUUCCCUGAGAACUGUCAGAGACAGAUGCAGGAGCCAGGCAGCCAAGAGAACCCUCCUGGGGUGAAACAGGCCAGCUCUGGUGCCCCUGUCCCCAGAGGGAGGAGCAGGCAGGAGAGGGGAGGGAGGUAUGAAUUCCAGUCCCCAGGAACCUGGCUUUUUAAACUCCAGGGAGUCGGAUGCAGGAAACCCCCCCCAAGCAGGCCAAGCCUGAAGGCAGACAGGGGAGGAAGGGAGGAGUCCCAGCAGGACCACAGCCCUGGCCUCCUGUCACUCAGAGCUGAUUCACUGAGGAGGGAAGGAUGGGGGCGGGAGACAAAACCACACCUCUUUUUAUAUAAGGUUUCAUAUUUAAUUUGGUCAUUAAUUCAUAAAUACAUAAGUAUUUUGUACAUAA